AGCCUGAGCAGCCGGGACUGAGGCAGCAACUGGGGGGGAAGGGAGUCGCGAAGGCAGGGCGCCGGUCGUAGUCGGCGGUGGCGAACUACCAGCGGCGGCAGCAGCAGCAGCAGCAGCAGCAGCGACCAACCACCACCUUCCUCCAUAAUAACAGCCACCACAGUAGGCCGCUCAAUGCUGCACCUUCCGGAGCUGCAUGAGGGGCCGGUAGAGGACUGUGGAGAAGAAGGAAACUUUAUAACCAGCAGCACAAGGAUGGAUUUCCCAUCUGCCCAACCAAAGCCUCCUGCCGAUGGCAAAAUCAUCUUCUACCCUCCUGGAGUUAAGGAGAUCACGGAUAAAAUAACGAACGAUGAAGUGGUCAAACGCUUGAAGAUGGUAGUGAAAACAUUUAUGGACAUGGACCAGGACUCAGAAGAUGAGAAACAACAAUAUCUCCCAUUAGCCUUGCACCUUGCAUCAGAAUUCUUCCUCAGGAAUCCCAAUAAAGAUGUCCGUCUCCUUGUAGCAUGUUGCUUGGCUGAUAUUUUUCGAAUUUAUGCCCCUGAAGCACCAUAUACAUCUCAUGACAAGCUCAAGGAUAUAUUCUUGUUUAUUACAAGACAGUUAAAAGGACUGGAGGACACUAAAAGCCCCCAAUUUAACAGAUACUUUUACUUACUAGAGAAUUUAGCUUGGGUUAAAUCUUACAACAUCUGCUUUGAGUUGGAAGAUUGCAAUGAAAUUUUUAUUCAGCUUUUUAGGACUCUCUUUUCAGUUAUCAACAAUAGCCACAACCAGAAAGUACAAAUGCACAUGCUAGAUUUGAUGAGUUCUAUCAUCAUGGAAGGCGAUGGAGUGACUCAAGAACUAUUAGAUUCAAUUCUUAUCAACCUCAUCCCUGCACACAAGAACCUUAAUAAACAGGCAUUUGAUCUUGCCAAAAUCCUAUUGAAAAGGACAGUCCAGACCAUUGAGCCAUGCAUUGCCAAUUUUUUUAACCAGGUUCUGGUACUAGGAAAAUCUUCUGUAAGUGAUUUAUCAGAGCAUAUAUUUGAUCUAAUACAGGAGCUUUUUGCUAUUGAUCCUAAUUUAUUGCUGUCCGUCAUGCCACAGCUUGAGUUCAAACUGAAGAGCAAUGAUGGAGAGGAACGUUUAGCUGUUGUAAGGCUUUUAGCUAAGCUAUUUGGCUCUAAAGAUUCCGACCUUGCUACACAGAACCGUCCUCUUUGGCAGUGUUUUCUUGGCCGAUUUAAUGAUAUCCAUGUUCCUGUGAGAUUAGAAAGUGUGAAAUUUGCAAGUCAUUGUUUAAUGAACCAUCCAGAUUUAGCAAAAGACCUUACUGAGUACUUAAAAGUUAGAUCACAUGAUCCAGAAGAAGCCAUUCGCCAUGAUGUCAUUGUUACAAUAAUAACUGCUGGCAAGAGGGACCUCUCUCUAGUCAAUGACCAGCUACUUGGUUUUGUCAGAGAGAGAACGCUGGAUAAGAGGUGGCGAGUAAGAAAAGAAGCAAUGAUGGGUCUUGCUCAGCUAUAUAAGAAAUACUGUCUUCAUGCUGAAGCUGGGAAGGAUGCAGCAGAGAAAGUGAGCUGGAUAAAGGAUAAACUUUUGCACAUAUAUUAUCAGAAUAGCAUCGAUGACAAGUUAUUGGUGGAGAAAAUCUUUGCUCAGUAUCUUGUUCCUCACAAUUUGGAAACAGAAGAGAGAAUGAAAUGCUUAUAUUAUUUGUAUGCUAGCUUAGACCCAAAUGCUGUUAAAGCACUGAAUGAAAUGUGGAAGUGCCAGAACAUGCUUAGGAGUCAUGUGCGGGAGUUACUAGAUUUGCAUAAGCAACCCACUUCAGAGGCAAACAGUGCUGCUAUGUUUGGGAAGCUGAUGACCAUAGCAAAAAAUCUUCCUGAUCCUGGGAAGGCACAGGACUUUGUGAAAAAGUUCAAUCAAGUUCUUGGUGAUGACGAGAAGCUUCGUUGUCAGCUUGAGCUGUUAAUCAGUCCUACAUGUUCCUGUAAACAGGCAGAUGUCUGUGUGAGGGAAAUAGCACGGAAACUUGCAAAUCCUAAGCAGCCAACCAAUCCUUUCCUGGAAAUGGUAAAAUUUCUUUUGGAAAGAAUUGCCCCUGUACACAUUGACUCAGAAGCCAUCAGUGCAUUAGUAAAGCUGAUGAAUAAAUCAAUAGAAGGGACAGCCGAUGAUGAAGAGGAGGGUGUAAGUCCUGAUACUGCUAUUCGUUCAGGGCUUGAACUUCUCAAGGUUCUGUCUUUCACACAUCCUACCUCGUUCCACUCUGCAGAGACGUAUGAAUCUCUCCUGCAGUGCCUCAGGAUGGAAGAUGAUAAGGUAGCAGAGGCAGCUAUUCAGAUAUUCAGAAACACUGGCCACAAAAUAGAAACAGAUCUGCCUCAGAUAAGAUCAACCCUAAUUCCUAUCUUGCAUCAGAAAGCCAAGAGAGGAACACCACACCAAGCAAAACAAGCUGUCCACUGUAUACAUGCCAUAUUUUCAAAUAAAGAAGUUCAGCUUGCACAAAUUUUUGAGCCGCUAAGUAGAAGUUUGAAUGCUGAUGUUCCAGAGCAACUUAUAACUCCUCUAGUUUCUUUGGGUCACAUUUCCAUGUUGGCACCUGACCAGUUUGCAUCACCAAUGAAAUCUGUAGUUGCAAAUUUUAUUGUAAAAGAUCUCCUGAUGAAUGACAGGUCUACAGGUGAGAAAAAUGGAAAAUUAUGGUCUCCAGAUGAAGAGGUUUCUCCAGAAGUUCUAGCAAAGGUUCAAGCAAUUAAACUCCUAGUACGUUGGCUCUUGGGUAUGAAAAACAACCAGUCAAAAUCUGCAAAUUCAACGCUCCGAUUAUUAUCAGCUAUGCUGGUCAGUGAAGGAGACUUGACAGAACAGAAGAGAAUCAGCAAAUCUGACAUGUCCCGUUUACGGCUGGCUGCUGGCAGUGCCAUAAUGAAACUUGCACAGGAGCCCUGUUACCAUGAAAUUAUAACUCCAGAACAAUUCCAACUCUGUGCGCUGGUCAUUAAUGAUGAAUGUUACCAGGUGAGGCAGAUAUUUGCUCAGAAGCUGCAUAAGGCCCUAGUAAAAUUACUGCUCCCAUUGGAGUACAUGGCAAUAUUUGCACUGUGUGCCAAAGACCCCGUAAAAGAAAGGAGAGCACAUGCAAGACAGUGCUUGCUUAAAAAUAUAAGUAUACGGCGAGAGUAUAUUAAACAGAACCCUAUGGCCAAUGAAAAGCUGUUAUCCCUGCUGCCUGAAUAUGUGGUACCAUACAUGAUUCACUUGCUGGCUCAUGAUCCAGAUUUCACAAAGCCUCAAGAUGUUGAUCAGCUUCGUGAUAUCAAAGAGUGCCUGUGGUUCAUGCUGGAAGUCUUAAUGACAAAGAAUGAAAACAACAGUCAUGCCUUCAUGAAGAAAAUGACAGAAAGUAUCAAACUUACACGGGAUGCCCAGUCUCCAGAUGAGCCAAAGGCCAAUGAAAAACUCUAUACGGUAUGUGAUGUGGCCCUGUGUGUAAUCAACAGCAAAAGCGCUUUAUGUAAUGCAGAUUCUCCAAAGGAUCCUGUAUUGCCAACCAAAUUUUUUACACAACCUGAAAAGGAUUUUUGCAAUGACAGGAAUUAUAUUUCGGAAGAGACUAGAGUUCUUCUGCUAACGGGAAAGCCUAAACCAACUGGUGUAUUAGGUGCAGUAAAUAAACCUUUAUCUGCAACUGGAAGGAGACCAUAUAUCAGAAACACAGGAUCAGAAACUGGAAGCAAUAAUAGUGUAAAUUCAGAAUUGAGCUCACCUACAGGAAACAGAUCAAGAGAGCAGAGCUCAGACAUAUCAGAAACUGGUGUCAGUGAAAAUGAUGAAAAUCCAGUGAGAAUUAUUUCUGUCACUCCAGCAAAAAUCGAACCUGUAAAGAAUAAGGAGAUUAAUUCUGAUCAGGCAACGCAAGGAAAUGUUAGCACUGAACGUGGGAAAAAAAGAACCGCAGCAGCCGCAGGAGCAGAGAAUAUUCAUCAAAAAACAGAAGAAAAGAAAGCGGAUGAAACAGGGCAGCCAGCUCCUCCCAAACCCAGAAGAGGCCGUCCUCCCAAGUCUGAAUCUCAGGGCACCACAGCGAAAAAUGCCGAAACAAGUAAACCAUCUGGUAGAGGGCGAAAAAGGGCAGCACCAAGUCAAGAAGGUCCAGGGGGUUUAGAGGCAAGUAAUGCUAAAGUGCCAAAACAGCAAGACACCGUGAAAAAAACAGUACCAGCACAGAGACAGAUUGAUUUGCAAAGAAGCCAGGUGCUGGGAAGUGAUGGAGAUUCAGUGUUGGAGAUAGAAUCAAGCCCUGGAUAUUCUCCAAGUGAAAUGGAUCUCUUUAAGCUUUGUGAGAGCAGCCAGGAAGACCCUGAGGAGACAGAUCUAACAGAGGGAGGCUUCCUAAAGGUAAAAAGAAAACUUCCUCACAAAGGGAGAAAAGGAGGGCCCAAUGAAGGCAUGCUCCAAGCUUCUGCAAAAACCAAGAAACUUCCUGUAUAGGAACUGAAAAUACUUCAGAUCACACAGCUUUCAGCUCUGAAAACAGAAGGAAAACUCUGCUUCCCUUUCAGAUAAAAUUAAUCUGCAGAAACUCUUGAGAGAGGCUAAAAGCAUCUGUACUUAUUUCCCCAGAGACUUUUUGUUAUGAAAAGUCAAUAAUUAAGCAAAUUGCUUAACACUUGAUUCCAGUUUCUGCAUAUCUGGAGUUUAAAAGUGUUUUAGUCCAUUAAUUUUCAUGCUGCAUUUUUUAAAGAAAGUCAGAGUGAAGUCCUUACAGCAAUGUUAAAAAUUAUCAGGUAUUGCCCAUCCUCUUUUCAAGAAAAUAUAGAAGCCUACUGAAUGAAUUUUAAUCCAAGACCCAAGAAAAAUACCUGAAUUCUCAUCUGCUUUUCUUUUGGAGACUCUUAUGUAUAAUUUUUUCCAGCAAAAUAAGAUGUACAGAUUUUGGUUCCUGCUAUGAAAAGUCACAUAGUGGCAAUUUUUAUACAUGUUGCUUUUUGACUUUUAUCAGAGUAGGAGACUAAUCAUUUAAUAAUUGAUUUGCAAGUAGACAUUUCAUCUUUUUUUUUCAUUUCCCCCUCCAUUUUAGUUUAAUAUAAUUUGCAAUAAAUGUACAUAUUGUUGGUUGUUUUAUAUAAAACAUAUAUCACUUCUAAGUGGGUUUACUCCUGUGGUUCUGUUGGAAUAUUCUAAAUUUUAAUGGAGUAAAGACAGCCCAGCAUUUGAUUUUAUAAUGCUUGUCACCAGAUUUUUAUUAUUGAUGUAAAAAAUCAAUUUUUAAAAAUAGUUGGACUUUUGGCAGCUUUGUAAGGAACGUUGGAAAUGUUUAGGAUUGUUCUCAAUUUUAAGCAUUGUGCUGAUUGAAAGUAAGUCUGUUUGUUUUUGUCUUCCUGACCCAGCUCAUUUUUUCAUGUUUAAUUUAGAAGAUUUGCAUCAAUAUUGAUUUCUCCUGGCAUUGUUCAGCAUAGUGUACACUUUUAUGUACACAUGAUCAUAUUUAAGUUUGUUGCAUAAAAUAAAUGCUUCUAGGUGUCA